GAGUCCUAGACACAUAGAAAGAGAGGGAGAAAGAGACAAGGGGGGCACUGAGUUUGAGACCGGGACAGAGAAACUUCGGGUCUUCUGUAGAAUUUUUGCCUCUAGGUUCCAAGAAACAAGAGAAUUAAAAAGAAAGAAAGAACUACGAAAAAACGAGCUUGCGUUAUUCGCGCAAAACAGAAGGAGUGAGCGUUAUAGGCUUCAGCAUAAUUUUAAAAAGUGUACUCUCACUGCCAAGCUGAGCUGUUAUUCCGAGGUACAGUGUCCUGGAGAUUUCUUUACCUCCGCAGGAGACACGGGAGAGCAAGGAUUACAAUGUUUGAGGCUUGGCUCACUUUGGUGGCUGCCUGCUCAAUGGCACACGGAGCAUUUGGUGGUUACGGGAUGAGCAUGUUCGCGGCGCAGACCUCUCCGCCCGACCCGUGCUAUGACGAGACCGGUAACCCGAGAAGAUGCAUUCCCGAUUUCGUGAACUCCGCGUUCGGCAAGGAAGUGCGCGUGACGAGCACCUGUGGGAAACCGGCCGCGCGGUACUGCGUCGUGACCGAGAGCGGAGAAGAGAGAAACAGGAACUGCCACAUCUGCGACGCCGGAGACCCGAAGAAGUCGCACCCGCCGGCGUAUCUGACAGAUCUGAACAACCCCCAUAACCUCACGUGCUGGCAGUCAGAAAAUUACAUACAGUACCCGCAGAACGUCACUUUGACGUUGUCUUUAGGAAAAAAAUUCGAAGUCACCUACGUGAGCCUUCAGUUCUGCUCGCCGCGACCGGAAUCCAUGGCCAUCUAUAAGUCGAUGGACUACGGCAAGUCAUGGGUGCCCUUUCAGUUCUAUUCAACGCACUGCAAAAAGAUGUACAACAAACAAAACAAAGCUACGAUCACAAAGCAGAACGAGCAAGAAGCCAUCUGCACCGAUUCCCACACGGACAUGCAUCCUCUCUCUGGGGGCCUUAUCGCGUUCAGCACGUUGGAUGGUAGACCGUCAGCGCACGACUUCGACAACUCACCCGUGCUUCAAGACUGGGUGACGGCCACAGACAUCAAGGUGGCCUUCAGCCGACUGCACACCUUCGGGGACGAGAACGAGGACGACUCGGAGUUGGCCCGGGACUCGUAUUACUACGCCGUGUCGGACCUGCAGGUCGGCGGCCGGUGCAAGUGCAACGGCCACGCUUCGCGGUGCGUGAAGGACCGAGACGGAAAUGUGGUCUGCGAGUGCAAGCACAACACCGCCGGACCGGAGUGCGACAGAUGUAAACCGUUUCAUUACGACCGACCUUGGCAACGCGCAACCGCCAGAGAAGCGAACGAAUGUGUCGCCUGUAACUGCAACCUGCACGCCCGGCGAUGCCGUUUUAACAUGGAGCUGUACAAGCUCUCGGGACGCAAGAGCGGCGGCGUCUGCCUCAACUGCCGCCACAACACCGCCGGGCGCCACUGCCACUACUGCAAGGAGGGCUUCUACAGGGACCUGGCCAAGCCCAUCUCCCACCGCAAGGCCUGCAGAGCUUGUGACUGCCAUCCCGUGGGCGCUGCGGGCAAAACCUGCAACCAGACCACGGGCCAGUGUCCCUGUAAGGACGGCGUGACUGGCAUCACAUGCAACCGCUGUGCUAAAGGCUACCAGCAGAGCCGGUCCCCCAUUGCUCCCUGCAUAAAGAUUCCUGUUGCACCCCCAACAACCAGCAUGAGCAGCACGGAGGAACCGACAGACUGUGAGUCCUACUGCAAAGCCUCCAAAGGAAAGCUGAAGAUCAACAUGAAGAGAUACUGCAAGAAAGACUACGCGGUGCAGGUGCACAUCCUGAAGGGGGACCGGGCGGGCGAGUGGUGGAAGUUCACGGCGAACGUCAUCUCCGUCUACAAGCAGGGCGAGAGCCGCAUCCGGCGCGGCGACCAGCUGCUGUGGGUCCACGCCAAGGACGUGGCCUGCAGGUGCCCCAAGAUCAAGCCGGGCAGGAAGUACCUGCUGCUGGGCAACGAGGACGACUCGCCGGAGCAGAGCGGCGUGGUGGCGCACAAGGGCAGCCUGGUCAUCCAGUGGCGGGACACGUGGGCCCGCCGGCUCCGGAAGUUUCAGCAGCGCGAGAAGAAGGGAAAGUGCAAGAAGGCCUAAA